AUGAGGACUUUAUCCACUGCUAGCAGCAAAUUCUAUUGGCUUGAUUCACUUAAUAGGAUAAUGUUCAACGAACUCAGAAUUUAUUUCCUGCUUCUUUUCUUGAUGGGCCAUUCAGUGGCAGCUUUGAGAUCUCCAAAUUCGAGGCAGGAUUUGCAUCCAUUACUGCAGAAAAUGGCAGAAGAAAUAAUAGAGGGAAGAUAUCUGAAUGCUCUUCUGGAUUUGAUCCAGUUUCAGAGUUCUAAUGUGUGGACAUCGGACUUAUCCCAAAGACUCAUGGCCUAUUUCCAUUCACGAAAUGUUGCUUUUACUGUGAGCAGUCUUCAGGCUACCAUGAAAAAUUACCUGGAGAAUCUUCUGUAUCAGCCCCAGAAGCUGCUGGCAGAUUUCCGACACACCGAUGACCAGCAAUUCCGGACUGCUAUGAAAUGCCUGUUUGAAGACAAAAAGAGCCGAUUGGAGCUGGACGACAUAGUGAUUGAUCUGGAGGAAAUCCAGAACCUUGCCUUACAGACACCAGGGGUGAACCGAACUCUGUUCCUCAUCACCCUAGAGAAAUGCUUCCUGGUUAUGAGUUCCAUUGAAUGUGUGGAUAUAUUAGGCCAAGUACUAAGGGUUUCCCCUGGGAAUUUUCUCCAGCCAGAGAUCAUUGGGAACCUUCCCAGGAACCUUCAGGAAGACUCCUUUAAGAAUUUGUCCUCAGUGUUUAAAGAUCUCUAUGACAAGACCUCCGCUCAUUCACAAAGAGCACUCUACUCCUGGAUGACUCAGAUUUUACAGAAAUCUGCCAACUCAACUGAUGACUCUAUAUCAUGGGUUAGUGCAGAAAACCUUUGGAUUUUGGGAAGAUACAUGGUUCACCUCCCAUUUGAAGAAAUUACAAAAAUUAGUCCUGUUGAGAUUGGGCUGUUCAUCAGCUAUGACAAUGCCACAAAGCAGCUGGAUACCGUUUAUGACAUCACACCAAAGCUGGCCCACGCUUUCCUGGAGAGGAUCAACUCUUCCAGCUUUGACAUGAGGAACAUCUCCACCAUUCACAGAUUGGGGCUGCUUGUUUGUUUCUAUGGUGACCUGGAGGAACUAGAAGCCACAGUAGCCCAAGUCUUGCUACAUCAAAUGAUUAAGUGCAACCAACUUAGAGGCUUCCAGGCUGAUGUUCAGAAGCUCAAGGCUGAACUUUUGGACAUUGCUAUGGAGAACCAGACCCUGAACGAUACCCUUGGCUCUUUAUCUGAUGCAGUGGUGGGUCUGACGUGCAGCCAGCUAGAGACUCUGUCUCCAGAAGCAGUGCACAAUGCAAUUUCAACUCUCAACCAGGUCUCUGGGUGGACCAAGAGCCAGGUCAUUAUCUUGUCCACCAAGUACUUGACCCAUGAGAAGGUCAUAUCAUUCUACAACGUCAGCCAGAUGGGAGCGUUGCUGGCUGGUAUCAGCACCCAAGCUUUCUACAGCAUGGAUCCAAAGGAGCUCUCACAUGUCAUUAAAGGCACCAUCUCCCAACAUAUAUCUGAUUUGUCACCUGCCCAGCAACAAGGUAUCCUCAGCAAGAUGCUGGAAGCCGGUGAUGUUUCUUCAACAGUCAUGGAUAUACAGGGCGUUUUCUUUAAGGAAGUAUCUCUCUUUGAUUUAUGGAAAGAGCCAGGCUUUAACUCUACAGUUGUCAAAGAAAAGGAGCUCAGAAAGAGCCAGGCCUUGUUUCUGUAUGACUUUUUGUCAAGAACAACGAGAAAGCCUGAUGACAUCCUAAGUGUAGGUCAGUUGGUUAAAGGAAUAACUUGCCGGCAGAUUGAGAGCAUGAGCUCUGACUCAUUUUUGGCCCAUUUCAAGUAUUUUGAAAACAAUCUCCACCUGCUUUCUCCAUAUCAGGUUAAUUGUUUAGCUUGGAAGUACUGGAAGGAGUCUCGCUCAUCUCUGCCUCCCUUUCUCCUAUCAGCUCUCCCGGCCCGUUAUCUGGAAUUGGUCUCAGCCUCUCAGUGUGUUCCCUUUCUGAUUAGCCUAGGGAAGAUCCGGCUGAAUGAUCUCAUUUUAGAUUCUCACAAAAAGAAUUCUAUUAUCAGAAAAGUACAGCAAUGCUUGAAUGAUUCUAUUACUGAUGAAUACGACAUUGACAUCAUUGGAAACCUCAUCUGCCAUUUGCCUCCAGCCAUUAUCCAAAGUGGGAUUCACCCUAGGGCCUUGGCCACAGCAAUGGACAGACUCAAAAGCUGCACCAGCCUCAGCCCUGAGCAAAAGGCUGAAGUGAAACUUAGGCUCCUGGAGUUGCAUGGACUCCCUCAAAAUUGGACAGCUGAAACAACAAAGGACAUUGGGCCAUUUCUAGUUCUCUUUUCAAGAGAAGAAUUAAGUGUCAUUGCUGCUAAGUUCCCUGAUCUCCUUCAGCAAACAGCUUCCAAAAUGGUGGGAACCCAACUCCCUAAAGAAUUUCUCUGGACUGUUUUUGAAUCCAUCCAGAACACCAGCAAAAAUGUUCACACAUCUGAUGCCAGAGAUGAAUGUCGAGGAGUCACAAUUCCAAGUUCAGAUGACAUCUUAAAGUUAGCAGAAGGCAACGCCUGCUGGUCUCCUCAAGAACUGCUGUGUAUGGAAGAGGACACAUUUAUCAAGAAUGUUGAGAUGCUAGGGACCAUCUUGAGUUUCAGUCAGUCUCAGCUGAUGGCUCUGAAGGAGAAAGCAAAACAGGUCUGGAAUGUACCUUCUUAUUGGAAAAAUCAUCACAUCGUCUCCCUGGGCCGCAUAGCUCUGGCUCUGAAUGAGAAUGAACUAAAACAACUGGAUCUCAGCUCGAUUGACACAGUGGCCUCCCUGAGCCAGCAGAAAGAGUGGACUCUGGGACAGGCUAGUGCUAUUCUUCGAGGAUUUCUAGAAGACUCGGGCCAUCAAAUACAGGAAUUAAAGAGUUUUGAUUUAGUAGGACUUGGUACAAAUUUAUGUGCCAUCAACGUUAAUGAAGUUCCUUUGAUAAGUAUCUCAGAAUUUAGCACUGUUGCUGCUAGAAUUGGUACUCUGCUCUGCAGUACUCCCAUCUUGGGAGCAUUCAAGAGGAAGGCGGAGGCUGUGUUUGGGGAUCCUACAGAAUGGAGCAGUUCAGUGAUAUGGGAGCUGGGCACCAUUGCAGCUGGAUUAACAAAGGAAGAAUUAAGGAUGCUUAAUAAGGAUUUAAUGCCUUAUUUCCAGCCAUCAGCCAUAAAAUGCAUUCCUGAGAAGAUCUUCAAAGAACUGUCUCCAGAGCAGAUCUCCAGUAUGGGUCCUGAGAAUGCUGCUUGGGUGACAGAGCCCCAGAGGAGACACCUUAACAUGCUGCAGCUGCAGAGUCUCCAGUUAGCACUAGAUGGCGCCAAGACCAGCUUCCAGCCAGAAGCAUCCCUGAACAUGGGUACCACCAGCAUUACACAUUCCCCUUCCUCUGACUGUGCUCCAGUCUUCAGUGGUUUUAGCCUUUGGCUAUGUUGGGCUAUGUUGGUCCUGCUUCAGUGA